AUGGUGAAGAUCGAGGAGUUCGCUGUUGAGCAGUGGAUGGACAAGUAUGAAUUGACGGCCAAAUACAACACCGCCGAAACUUGCUGCGCCUCCAUCUCCAUUGACGACCUCCGAGAGCUUUCCGAGGACAAAGAGACCAACCCAUUGACCCAGCUACAAUCCACGAAGCUUACUUAUGGAGCAAUCAGAGGAUCCGAUAAGCUGCGUCAGACCCUCGCGAACUUGUACUCCGUGAAGACACCCACCGCAUUGCCGAAGGAUAAUAUUUUGAUUACAGCUGGUGCCAUCCAGGCCAACUUUCUUGCCCUGUAUACCCUGGUUGGGCCUGGAGAUCAUGUCAUCUGCCACUAUCCAACAUACCAACAACUUUACUCAGUUCCUGCAUCCUUGGGAGCUGAAGUGAGUUUGUGGAAAUCCAAGGAGGCCGACGGAUGGAAGAUUGAUAUCGAAGAACUGCAAGGAUUGAUUCGUCCUAAUACCAAACUGAUCAUUAUCAACAAUCCUCAGAACCCCACUGGAGCUAUUGUCCCGCGUGAUACCCUGGAAGACCUGGUAGAUGUUGCUCGCGCGUCUUCCAUUACCAUUAUGGCCGACGAGGUAUAUCGACCUCUCUUCCACAAUAUCAGUCCUAUGGACUCUCAAUUUCCUCCUUCCCUUCUAUCGCUCGGCUAUGAGAAUACGAUUGUCACAGGUUCCACGUCAAAGGCAUACAGCUUAGCCGGGAUCCGCGUGGGUUGGAUCGCAUCGCGCAACAGAUCCAUCAUCGAAGCGUGCGCGAGCUCUCGCGACUAUACCACAAUUUCGGUUGGACAGAUUGAUGACGCGAUAGCUAGCUAUGCGCUGGCCCCACAGUGCAUCCACAAUCUCCUAGCGCGCAAUAUCGAGCUUGGUCGGACCAACCUGGCAAUUCUGGAGAAGUUCAUCGAAUCUCACCGGUGGGCCUGUGAUUGGGUUAAGCCCCGUGCUGGCACGACGGCCUUUGUUCGGUUUAACAAAAUGGGCAAGCCGGUGGAUGAUGUUGUUUUUUGUGAAAAGUUGCAGGAACAGAGAGGGGUAAUGUUUGUUCCGGGUAGUCGGUGCUUUGGAGGAGGAGAAGACUUUCAAGGCUAUGUUAGAAUUGGGUAUGCUUGUGAGACCGAGGUACUCGAGAAGGGACUCGAGGCCUUGCGCGAGUUUAUGGAUGAGGACUUUGAGGAUGUUCCGGUGAUCAAGAAGAAAAAGGCAUCUCAAUAA